AUGGCCACCACAUUACCUCAAGAUUCUGCUGAUGGUUCAAAUCCCCCAUUUCCAAAUACAACAUCCUCUAAAACUUCAUUUGAUUUAGAACCAAAUCCUUUUGAAAGAAGUUUUGCCACAAAGGAAAAUCAUCACCCACACCAUCAACAUCAUGGAUCACAUGGCGGCGCUCCUAAUAUUGCUGCUGCUUCACCUCAAAUUUUGACACCAGGUGGAAGAAAACUACCUCCUUUAGUUUUAUCACCAAAUGUUCAAUCAAGUUGGACUGCAAACAACUUUGGUAGAACUGGGUUAACACCAAAUGAAUCUGGUCUUAGAACUGGAUUAACACCUGGCGGCCCUGGUAUUCAUUCAUUAAAUGGGAUCUCAUUACCUGGUUUAAAUACACCUGGCUCAUUGGGAUUUUCUGGUUUCACUCCUGGGUUAAGUUCAUUAUUAGGUACUUCUACAACAGGUGAACAUGGUCACAUUUUAGGUGUAUCUUCUAACCAAAAUCAAACUCAACAACAAGUUACACAUAAUAUCCAUCAACAACAUCAACAAGCUGCUCAUCAAAGGGCUCAACAACAAGCCGCUGUUGUUGCAUCUGAAAAUGCACAAUCAAAUGGUGGAAAUGCUAAUGGGGUAGCAGCACAACAAGCGCCUGUGCAGAAUAUAAAUCAUGAGAUCAAUUCAGCUCGCUCUUCAUUGCAUCAAUCACCAAUUGUUCAGCAACAACAAGCACCAAAUCCACCAGUAAUAAAAGAACAAGCAUCAAAAGUUGAACAACAGCCUCAACCACAACCACAACCUUCAAAGAGAGGUAGAAAGAAAGGAUCAACAAACAAAGCUGCUAAAAUAAAGAAUGAAGAUGAAUCAGGACCAAAACGUAAAAAGGCUAAAGCUGAUACCAAAAAUUCGAAUACUUCUCUUGACUCAACAACAACAUUAAAUGAUGAGGACGACGAGGAUGAUGAUAAAGACGACGAUGCUAAAACUGAACAUAUGACUGAAGCUGAAAAGAGAAAACAUUUUUUGGAAAGAAAUAGAGUUGCUGCAUCAAAAUGUAGACAAAGAAAGAAGCAACUGGUUGCAAAAAUGGAAACUGAUUUGAAUUUUUAUCUAAACGAAUAUAAUAACCUAACUGCUACAAUUGAUCAAUUAAAAGAUCAAUCAGUGACUCUUAGACAAUAUUUAAUCAAUAAUAAUAAAGCUGGAGCUACUGGUGGCUCAUUAAAUAAUGACAUUUUACUUUCAGUGGAAAAUCUGUUAACUAUAAUUAAUCAAACAAAUUAUAUGGCAAGAUUAAGAGGUAAUGCACCAUCAGAUAUUAUACCCACAAUUCAACCAAUUAAUCCCUCUUUAGUUCAACCUGAAUCUCAACCACAUCAAAUCCAACAACAACAACAACAACAACAACAACAACAACAACAACAACAACAACCAAUCCCACAACAAAUUCCUCAGCAGCAACAAAAUCAAAAUGGAUUUAUCCCACCACCACCACAACAACAAGUCCAACAACAUCAUCAACAAGUCCAACAACAACCUCAUCCCCAGGAUAUGACUCAUAAUUCAUUACCAAAUACUCUACCAAAUACUGUUCCAAAUACCGUUCCAAAUUCUGUACCAGGAUCCCAACAUAACUCAUCAACAAAUUUACAAGCUUUAGGACAUAAUUCAUCAACAAAUUUACAAGCAUUAGGACAUAAUUCGUCAACAAAUUUACAAGCAUUAGGUAACAAUGCUAAAUUGCAACAUCAAUUUCAACAACAGCAACAGCAAAUACAACAAAAUUUGAAUGGUUCAAACUCAGCACCUCCUGUUAUGGCGAAUGGUAAUAGUAUACCUGUUGCAAACGGUAAUAAUGGGGUUAAUUUGGCCUUAUUCUAA